GGGGGGGGGUCAACAACCCCACUAGGCUCAGGACGUUGGCAGAGAACACUGGCCCACACGUGAGCAGGGCACAGAGGGAGGCAUGGGAUUUCAUUUCGCUCACACAAAUCCCUGAGAGCAAAUCUCCAUUUGGCAAUCCGUGAAAUUUAUUGAGCAAAAUGUAACACAUUCAGUUGCAGUACAAGCAACCACCUCCUGUGUUAUUGUGUCUUCUAUGUCAGCUUAUGUUUUCACACCGUACAGCUCGUAAAGAACAGAAUUAAAUAUUAAUACAUCACAAAAUGAAACCCUAAAUGGUCAGUGUAUUCUAGUGUUUUGGCAAUCAUGAUGUGUUUUGUUGCUAUAAGCAACAUUUACACUCACCUUACACAUGCAUAUUAUAUGUACAUAUGUUAUUAUAGAGCGAGCAAGCGAGCAAACUGACCAUGGUUCAUCAGGGGUCACUUCCUCGUGACCUGCGACCUGCAACACGAUGCUGCUGUCAGUCCGUGCCGUUACACCACUGCAAAGGCCGUGGCAACACAAUCACACAUUGAUUUUCUCUGUGCAGUCUGUAAGUCCAACGCGACUAAACCCGCAGGGAUGCACUCUUCUGCCAGUUUGGCUCCGGACGCACAUCUGUCAGCUGCAUGUAUCACAAGCGCGCGUGACUUUAUUUUACUUGUGUUAAACUGGACCUUUCAACUGCGAUAUUCACCAUGUACUCCGGAUUAUAUCAAGCGGAUAAAUUUCCUGUCCUAAAAGGCCUUUCUAUACGUGUUCUACUUCUGAAAUGAAAGACAUGCCCACUUGAAGAUGGGGGACUGGAACUUCCUGGGGGGCAUUUUGGAGGAGGUGCACAUCCACUCUACGAUGGUGGGCAAGAUCUGGCUGACCAUCCUCUUCAUCUUCCGCAUGCUGGUGCUGGGAGUGGCGGCGGAGGACGUGUGGAACGACGAGCAGACCGACUUCAUCUGCAACACGGAGCAGCCCGGGUGCCGAAACGUCUGCUACGACCGCGCCUUCCCCAUCUCGCUCAUCCGCUUCUGGGUGCUGCAGGUCAUCUUCGUCUCCUCGCCCUCGCUCGUUUACAUGGGCCACGCCAUCUACCAGCUGCGGGCGCUGGAGAAGGAACGCCACGGCAAGCGGACGGCCCUGCGGCGCGAGCUGGAGAUGGUGGACGUGGAGCUGACGGAGGUGCGGAGGCGCAUCGAGCGCGAGCUCAAGCAGGUGGAGCAGGGCAAGCUGAACAAGGCCCCGCUGCGGGGGUCGCUGCUCAGGACCUACGUGGCCAACAUCAUCACGCGCUCGCUGGUGGAGGUGGGCUUUAUGACGGGCCAGUACCUGCUCUACGGCGUCCACCUGGACCCGCUCUUCAAGUGCGAGCGCGAGCCGUGCCCCAACGUGGUGGACUGCUUCGUGUCGCGGCCCACAGAGAAGAGCGUCUUCAUGGUGUUCAUGCAGGGCAUCGCCGCCGUCUCGCUCUUCCUCAGCCUUCUGGAGAUGAUGCACCUCGGCUACAAGAAGCUGAAGAAGGGCAUUCUGGGAUACUACCCCAACAUCAAGGAGGAGCUUGACGACUCCUACAUCAGCAAGUCCAAAAAGAACUCUGUGGUGCAAACGGUGUGCAUGAGCUCCGCUGGUCGCAAGGCAACCAUCCCUACGACGACCAGCGGGUACACGCUUCUAAUGGAGAAGCAAGGCAACGGCCCUACUUACCCCAUCCUCAACGCCACUUCCACCUUCAUGCCUAUCCAGGGCAACCCUGCCGGGCAGCCGGGACUGGACAUGCCCAGGGACCCCACAGACGUGGUGUUGAGCCCAAUGGAGCGCAACAGUAACUCCAACAACACCAGCAGCGAGACGCGCUCCCCUCCACACGAGCCCCUGGAAGAGCACGAGGGGCACCACGCCAAGGAGCUGGAGCCGGGCAACUCCGAGUACCCCACGCUGCCCGCGGAAGACUCGCUGGCCACGUGCUCCACCUACACGCUGGCGCGGAAGCCGCGGCGGGUCAGCGCCCCGUGGGCCUGCAGCACGGUGGUGGAGGGCCAGGCCUCGGACAGCGCCGACUCCAGCCACGGCUCCAUCCCCAUGAAGCCUCGCUGCAGCUUCGCCGCCAGCCGGGCGCGGGCCUUCUCCAAGCCGGACCUGAAGCGCCUCGCCAGGCCCGGGAGCCCGGACUCUCUGGGGGGGCUGAGCAUGGACUCCGAGAACAGUACUGAGCACAGCGGUGGGGGGGGCGCCGCUCUCUCGCCCGAUCGUCGAAUGUCAUUGGCAAGUAGCGGCAGCAGCAGGCGAGCCUCGACUGACCUGCAGAUCUAAGCGUUAGUUUUUAAUUCAAUUCAAUUUUAUUUGAUUUACAUAGCGCCAAAGCAAUCAAAUUGUCUCUAGGCGCUUUACAGUGUCCAGGACCAGAACCUUUAACGAC